AUGAGCACUUGUUGUUCUUCUUCAUCUCCAGUUUGCUGUGAAGAAGCACUUAUUGGCAAGUUUCCACACAACACUACACAUUACUACUUUACGAGGAAAUAUGCAAGAUUACAAAUCCAGGAGCACUGCAAAACUAAUUCAACGGGCGUCUACCAAGUCAGAGCUUACUUGCUCAUCCAAUUUCCAUACUGGUAUGGCGGCGAUCCUCCUUCAACUCAUCAUAACUACGCUGCAUCUCGCGUUGCAAGUAGAGCACAAGGGCUGAUCAGAUUUUGGCUGGAAGGUUUGUGGUCCGACAAGUCCAGGCAGCUCCUGAUGGUCGGAUCUGCUCCUUGGGUGGUUGAGGGCAACCCCAUCAUUCUUGAUGCUGUUCUUGAUCUCAACUACACAGCCAAGAAUAAUCCAAUCCUUUAUAAUUCCUACAUUAGUGGGAGCUUAAAGAGCACUGUUGGUGCCAAUGAUCCUGGCUAUUUCGACCCUUUAUCUAUAUUCAGUUUCCCAGUACUUCCAAACUACAAUUACUCCCUUCUUUCACAAGUAGUAUAUCAAGGCCGCACGUUUUCGAGUGACUCUGAUGUCGCAGGAAACUCAUGGCUAACUAAUGAGGGACACGAGUAUUGCUGGGUGAUGAUGAGAGAAUCGAUAGUUUUGGAGGUUGAGUAUGGAGCAGAGUGCAGGGAAGCGCAUUGCUCUCCACUCGAUGGAUCAUCGUUGCCGCGGUUGCUGCUCUUCACUCCAAUCCAGUGCUCUGCAGCUGAGAGAAAGCUGAGGUACAUAGCCACAUUUCAGAAUACCAAAUAUGGUCAAGCCUUCGGCCUUAAUUCAACUGUCAUUGGAGAGGCAUCGUGGGACGAUGACAAGAAAGAGCUGUUUGGCAUUGCUUGCCGAUUCCUUGAUCCAUUGAAUCGCUCUGCAGAUGAACAACUGGACUGUACAAUGAGGCUGAGCCUCAGCUACACUUCAAUCUUCACUGUCAGAAACGAGCCCAAACUCGCUGGCCGAUAUUGGAGCACGAGACACAGACAUAACUCCACCUACUUCCCAUAUAUGAAUCUCACAAAAUCUGAUGGGAUUGGCCUCAUCACUCUCCCAGACGUGAGAUACGAGUACACAAAAUUGGAUCAAGUGAGCAGAAGUUCAUGCGUCGCGAAAAAGCGGGUGAAGAAGGGGAGGAACACAUAUCCUGAUGUGCUUUCUGGUAAUAUGAGAUUUGAUCUUUCUGUUGAAAACUCCAGAGGCCAACAAAUCAGUUGGGGCUCCGCUUCACCUCUUUGGGUCGGAAAUGAUGCGUAUAUGAUGAUCUCUGGUGGUGAAGCUCACCACACCAACACCAACACAUCCCACUCAAAAAUCAGCUAUAUGAUAAGCUUAAGCUCUUCUUCAGAGAUCGAGUUUGGUUCUCUGUUUACGAGUCUCGACUGGUCAACCAAUGGAAAUUAUGAAGUGGAGAUCACAGCUGAAGGAGUGUACGAUGCCGAAACCGGGUACCUCUGCAUGGUGGGGUGCAGAAAGGUGGAGCCAUAUGGAAAGAGCUCAGCUCAUAUUUCCGGUGACUGUGAGAUUCUUGUGACACUCCAGUUUUCUCCACUCACCGGAAAGAGAGGCGGCCGUACCAAGGGGACCAUCACGAGCACGCGAGCCAGAACAGACCCUCUUCACUUCCACGACAUGAUAAUGAGCUCCGCUGGUUAUUAUGUCGAGGAGGCUGCACGCACGGUAUGGAGAAUGGACAUGGAGGUGGCCAUGGUGUUGAUAUCCAACACCCUCGUCUGCGUGUUUGUAGGGCUGCAGAUAAGGCACGUGAGAAGGUAUUCCAUGGUGCCAUCAUCCAUUUCACUCUUGAUGCUUCUAAUACUCUCCGUGGCGCACAUGCUCCCGCUAAUAUUCAACUUGGAAGACGUGCACUCGAGGAGACACCGCGGCAACGGUGGAAGGCUUGAAGCGAAUGAGGCGGCGGUUAGGCUGAGCUCCUUGGCAGCGCUCCUGCUGCAACUGCGCCUCCUCCAGUUAGUUUGGACUGCCAAACAGAAUGGAAGUAGCCCGUGGGGUGGCGAGAGGAAGCCCGGGUGCGUGUUGGUGUCGUUGUAUGUUGUAGGUGGCUUGCUUGGUUUGGUGUGGAACAAGUAUAGUGUGUGGGGAGGUCUAAGGUAUUAUGGUGGUUUGAUUGUUGAUGGCUUCCUUGUUCCACAAGUGGUGCUGAAUAAUGGCUUCCUUGUUCCACAAGGGGAAGCUCUGGUGUGGCCAUUUUAUGUGGGGAUUAGCGCAGUUCGGGUGGUACCUCACGCUUAUGAUGUGUACAGGGCACACAAUUAUCCGGCUUAUGAUGUUAAGGAAACAUACUACUAUGCUAAUCCAGACUUGGGAUUCUACUCGAGGCCUUGGGAUGUGGUCGUUCCUUUUGGAAUCAUCGCUUUGGUUCUCAUCAUUUUUCUGCAGCAGCGCUCUCGUGGCUGCGGCCUUGCACUUUGA